UCUGACGCUCUCAGAGUAAUAUGUGUGGAUUUCUCACAUUGUUAAAGGAGAACAAAAUGUUUCAUUAUGUUCAUUUUAUGUGGCCACACGCAGUAAAUAAGAUGUUUUCACUCUGAAGAGAAUUCGGAUGGCUUGUGUUAAAGUGUAUUUGUGCUCCAACCCAGAGGAAUCUGUGGUUGAGAGGAGGUUAUUAAGAGGGAAGACCUUCCCUAAACUGAGAGAAUACUGCAGACGCACAUAUGGAGUUGACUUCAGGGUUAUUGAUCCUUAUGAACCGACAGAUCCCACCAACUGGCCUUCACAGCAGAGACGCAUGCAGAUGUUGGAUAACUGCAGAAUAAACUCUCUGGGCCCUUUCUUUGUGGGGUUGGUUGGUGAACAGUACGGAGAUGCAUGUUUGCCUGAGCAGAUAGAAGCUUCAGAGUUCCAGAGUCUUCUGCAGACCUGCCAGCGCAUGAAUCUAAAGAGUGAAAUCCUGGAGAGAUGUUACCAGAGGGAUGAGAACGUCAUACCUCCCUCAUUUUGUUUGGUGCUCAAUCCGUCAGAACACACUAAACCUCAUUCUAUCCUGACCAAGAAUCCAAUCGAGGAGAAGACCUGCUCUGAGAUGCUUUGUGAGCUGAGAAGGAUCCUUCAAGAUGUCGUGUCCCAGUGCGUCCAAGAGGACACAAUAACACAUGACGCUGCUCAGAAAUAUUUUCGGUCGGCCAUUGAGAAUGACAUCCGAUAUGCACAUGAAGACCGUUCCAACAACAAUAAAGCAAGAUCUCUUUGUUACGUUCAUAAAAUAAGCAUCCAAAGAAAACCAAGAGGAUUCUCUCCAAAGGAUCCGGCCCAGUCAGAUCGACUGUCCAAACUACGAGAUCACUUUCUACCAAGUUUUGUUGCUUCUCAUAAAGCCCUGGUGUAUACCACCACCACAGAAUGCAGUGAUCGGGAUGGUUACACACCUGAGAUGAGACUCAAUUUUGCUGUUGGUCUGAGAGAGCAGCUGCAAGUGGAUCUUAAACAUCUCAUUGACGGUGCCUUCUCAAAGGAAAAGUUGGGUUGUAAUUCUCUGGGCGAUGAAUGGGCCCAGAAAGACUUGCGCUGCAUCUUUUCUUCUUUUUACAGAAUUGACCGUCCAGAAAUCAAUCAUGUUAAAUCAUACCUAGAGGAGAAAAACACAACAUUUCCCUUUGUACUCACUGGAAGAGCGUGCUCAGGCAAAAGUGUGCUGCUGGCUCACUGUGCAAGUCAGGCAUCUAUGUGGUUAGAGCACCUGGAUCCUGUGAUCAUUGUGAACUUCAUAGAUAUCAACUGCUCCCUGAGACAGCUUCUCAAAGACAUUAGUCAACAGAUUGAACCAAGUAAUUCUGUCAAUAAUGUCCUUCAACUAAAAGAAAACGUCAACAGGCUCCUAACCACAAGCUCGUCCAGAAAUCCUCUAGUGCUCCUGAUAGACGGACUUGACCAACUACCAAAUACUGCUGAACCACUUGACUUCAAAUGGCUUCCCAAAGUUUUACCUCCAAAUGUAAAAGUUCUCAUGUCCAUCACCACAGACAGGCCUGACAUUAUUUCUACUCUAAAGACGUAUUACCAAGAUACAGCCCUGUUCUGCGAGCUACAACCGGUGGAAGGUAAAAGCUGUAACCAGUUACUAACAACACUUCUACAGGCAAGCAACAGGAAAAUCACUUCAGGCCAACAGAUGUAUGUGAAUCAGGCUUUAAAGGAAUGCCCUGUUCCGUUAUAUGUGCAUCUUCUUCACAAACAGGCAAGCCUCUGGAGGUCAGAUCUCGAGGUAACAAAGAACAGUCUGGUACGAGGGGUCCUUAAUAACAUUGAGUUGAUGUUUGAUCAUCUCGAGUGGAAGCACGGCAGUACCAUAGUUUCCAAAGUGUUAAGCUACAUUACCUUAGCCAGAUAUGGCCUGAGCCCGGCUGAACUGACUGAUGUUCUCUCUUGUGAUGAUGAAGUUCUUGCCUCUUUCCUUCCAUCAGAUGACUGCAUACCACUUAUGUUAAGGGUGCCUGAGAUUUUGGUGGAAAGUCUUCUUUUGGACCUUGAAGAGUUUCUAGUGCUGAGGAACAUUUUGGGUACCCAAGUUCUUUUCUGGAUCAGCGGAGACUUCCCUUGGAUCGUACGCAAGAGGUACCUGUGUUCAGCAGAAAUGUGUGAGAGCAUACAUCAUGUUCUGGCAUGCUAUUUCAGUGGAUCUUGGGCAAAUGGCACAGCAAAACGUUUGAUAAUCAACGAAGACUCGGAAACGCCAUCUUCAGAUAUUUACAUUGACCGACAAGUGCCAAGUCAACCCUGGAAGUCCACUCCCACGAUUGUGUCAGAAAAAAUAUGUGCCAAUCGGAGAAAACUUCUUGAACUUCCAUUCCAUCUGUUGAAAAGCGGAAGGAUCAAUGAGCUAGGUAACCAGAUGACAUGUCAGGAAUACCUCCAGGCGACGUUUCUUGCAAAGCUGUCCGAUGACCUGUUCCUAUGGCUUGAGAAGGCAUCUCAACUGGAAACUCACAGGAACCUUAAGCUCCUUAACAUCAUCUUGCGAUCGUCUUAUUGUCUUGUGAAUGUCAACCCAGCUGACCUGCCAACAGUACUUCAGGCCAAACUCUUCCCUUUUCUGAGUGUUUUGCCAUCAUUGGAUGACUGUGUUCAUCAAGGCCUAUCUGGUGGUGUGAUUGUAAAAAACGAGGUGUAUACGGUUUUAUCCUCAGUUCCUUCAGUCCCUUAUACUCACCAUACACUGCAGGAGUCAGAAGCUUUCCAGGUAACGCACACAGCCGGAUCUGAUGUGGGCUCUGUGGUGGUUGUAUUGGAGAAUGGUGCUGCUUGGGUUUAUGGUGAUGGCUUAUUUGAGGGCUUCAAACUUCCCCAGUCAUCCGAGUUGCAGUUCACAAGUGUCCUUAGCUCUGGAAGUACUUUUCUUCUAACUUCCCAUUGUGGUAAACUUGUGUUGUGGGAUGUAAAAGUUGACACACAACCUCAGGAAGUUAGAAUCCAAGAAAAGGGUAAAAACGUCAUUCCUGGUGGUGCUUUGGUGUUUGGGGACAAAUUGAUUGUGUGGUGGAAGAGAGAAAGCACUGUCAGUAUAUUUGUUAAAAGAGAGAAACAUGCCCAACUGCAAUGCACUGAUGAGAUAACAUGCGUAUCAUGUUCAGAAGAUGGUGAUAUUAUUUACUGUGGACAGAAGAAAAGCUCUGUGAUGAUAUUUGACUUGCCCAAUAACAAGCUUCUAGCUACUUUCAUCUGUCCAGAAGAAUUGCCAAUAAUUGACAUGAUUCUUUCUAAAAAUGAAGGAAUAAUGACAUGCGUAGACAAAGCUGGUAACGUGUUUGUUUGGAACCUCGAGAUUAUAGAAGAGCCAGUUCUGAUUAAACUUUUAACCCGCAGAACCAAGGGAAAGGUGUUGAACACAGACCACACGAAGACCGACCUUCUCCUGAUUUGUAAAAAGCAACAAAUAGAAUUUAUUGACAUUGAUCAAAUGGAAGUCCUUGACCAAUUCAAUCCCCCAAAAGGUAAAACAAUUAAGCAAGCGAUAAUGGAUGAUGACUCGCACUUUAUCAUUGCUUUGCUGGAUAACUGCCCAUUUCUGCUAGUGUGGAACCGUGUUAAUGGGCAGUGUGUGUCGAGUCUGGACACUGUUACCUGUCAAGCAAAUAAACUUCUGAAAUGUGGACCUCACCUGGCAGCCAUCACAAAUGCUAAUGUUCUUAUUUGGGACAUGGACCUCAUCACCGCUUCAGCAUUGGCACCAAAAUCAGGUAGGAGAGUAGAAACCGUGCUGGUGGGAUUGCACGGAGAAAGCUGUUAUUCUGCAGAUGGCUCGGAGCUUGUGUGGAAGUGGGUGGUCUCUAGUGGCAAGGUAGAAGAGCACUUUCUUCAUCACGGUUCAGUGCAGUCCAUGUCUAUCUCUGCAGAUGGUGAUUAUCUGGUGACUAUAGCAACAGGAGACAUCUAUGUGUGGAACACUAACAGUGGGGAAAACAUUUACAGGAUCGCUGGGAGUCAUGCAGUCAACAUUCUAAUAACGCCCAAGGGUUAUUCUGGAGUUGCUUUGUCAGAAAAGGGACCAUCUAGGGUGUGGAAACUGCCGAGUGGAAAGGUGGUUUGUAGCAUUCAUACCGACCUCAAGAAUGCCAUCAUUUCUCCAGAGAGCACCUUCCUUUUAGGUCUGAAUGGUGGAGACCUCCUGGCUAUGAGUCUUUGGUCUGGUGAUGUUUGCAAAAGCUUCUGUUGUCCUGAUGAAUCAGAUGUUAAUGCUUUUCAUCCUCUGCCUGACCAUCCAGAUUUUGUGGUUGUUGUUUCAGCUUCAGGUGCUUUGUACACUUGGAGGUUAACAGAAGACACUGUUUGCCAUCAACUGCAGCUGCCAAACUCUUUGUUGUGCCAACCUGAGGUCUUCAGACUGUCAUCAGAUGGUGGAUAUGCCAUACUCUCUGUUGCUGCAUCCAAAAUAAACCUCUUGGAUCUUUCCAACAGUAAGCUCUGCUCUUUAAGAACCAUUGGACCUCUACAGAAGCCGCUGUAUGUAGGAGUUUCUGGACAGUAUGUUGUAUAUGUAUGUUACUCUUCUCAGGAGUGUCAGAAUGCGUACUGUGAUCUUCAUGAAAAGCCAAUGUUGGUAGUCAUACGUAUGACAGAUGGUGAAACUGUAGGCAGGUUCUACCUGUGUAAGAACAUUUCUGCUCUAACCGUGUCAGAGAAUUUGUUUGUGUAUGUGGGGUUUGAGGAUGGAUCUGUUGGGAUUUAUGCUGUUAACGAAAGGUGGAAAAGGUUUGGUCAAAGCCCAGAACUUUUGUGUCCAUUGGAUAAGCCAUUGGUAAGGUCAUCUCUAUUAAAUCCUAACAUAACCUGGGUUGAUUUGGCCUCUGAAUUUUUCUAAACUAGACCUAGAUCUAGCAUUUAAUGUUAUGCUCACAGCAUGGUUUCCUUCUAACAAUAUAAUGUAAUUUAACAUGGUUGUCUGAAUCUAAUCUAUAUUACAGCACAUAUAGAUUUUUUUAUUAUUUUGUAUAAAUGCAUCCAGAAUAGCAUUGCAGACUCUACUUGAUUUUGCUUCAUAUACGUUGGAUGAAAGUGUCUGCUAACACGUAUAUUGUAAACAUAAUAGUGCAUUUAAUUUUGCAGUGUGAAGAUGAAU